AUGGCAUCUUUAUCCCGCACAGCCGCCGCUGCCGCCGUCGCCGUGAGGUCGGCGGUCCGCUCCGCACCCCUUACCGGCCGCGUCCUCGGAGCGCCACUGCCUUCCCUUGCCUCGCCUUCCGCUGCCCGGUCCGCCCGGAUCCUCCGCAGAUCGGCGGCCGCGGCGUCGGCGGGGCUCGAAACGCUAAUGCCGCUGCACAGCGCGGUGGCGGCCGCGCGGCUUAGGUCCUGCAUCGCCGUCGACUCCACCUGCUGGAGCUCGCUCUCGCAAGCUAUGAGGUCAAUCCCCAACCUCAUGACUGAUGAAUAUGUGAAUGAAUAG